ACUGAUGACGCACUAAACCGUCGACAGUCGUUGAGCCGUGUGUUUACAUCAUGGGGAUGUUCUGUUGUUUACCUGUUCGUACAGAUCGUUUUCUGGAAGAAAAUUGUUUAAAUGGAAUCGAUUUUAUUAGAUUUUAAUGCGUUUCGUCGCUCAGCUGUGUGAGGAAGCAGCAGUGGGAUGGAUUUAUGUCGCAAACAGGUGAAAUCGGACUGCGAGGAGCUGCUGAGCCGCUUCCAGCAGACCCAGUCCGUCCGCUUCGAGGUUUUCUCCAAGAUAUGGAGGGAAAUGAAGUUCUCACAGAUUUUCUAUGGCACUGUGAAGCGCGAGAAGCGAGCGUUCAGUCAUGCGAUCCUGGACACAGCGUGCAGCUUCUUCCUGCCUCCGUUCAGCUUCCAGAUCCGAGUUGGAGGACUUUAUCUGCUGCACGGCUUGUAUUGGUGUCAGACGGCUUCGCCCCCGGAGCAGAUCCACCUGGCGCUGAAGGACUGGGAGGACGUAAAGAAAUUUGAGAAAGAUGCGGUGGACGCUCAGCACCUCGACGUUGUUUACAUCCUGCGACAGCUGAUGUCCCAAAAAGCUUUCUAUUUCACCGCCAUGCCCACCCUGCUCACCUACAGGAAGAAGAAGAAGAAGAAGGUGGAGAGGUCAGCACUGUGUGAAGAGUUCAUGGAACGAGCGUCUCGUCCACAGGAGCUGAUCAACGUCGAGCUGCUGGAGGAACUGUCCAACGUCCAUGAGCUCUACGAGAAGCUGAAGACUUCUGUCUGUUCGUCAGAACAGGGGGUUUCGUCCAUCAACUUGAGCCGCAAAGACCUCGUCCCUCAGCUACGUAGCACCGUGGUGGAUUUCUACAAGUGGCAGCACAGGAAGGAUUUGACUGAUGAAGACGAGGACAGCGGUGAGGGAACGUCUUCUCAGCAGGAGUGCUCCAAAAGAGCCGAGCUCCUCGCCUCCAUCAAAUCAAAAGCAUACGGACAAGCAGCAGAGGCCUCCAAGUCACGCCGUCAUCGGCAGGUGGAGGUGGACUUCACGAGUAGCGAGGACAAUCCCUCGUCAGGUCACUCCAGAAUAAUUAAACCAUCACUCAAAGCCAGAACCAACAAGAAUGUGCAUAUCUCAGGUGACGUGUGGAAAGAAGCCACUGCGACCACUCAGAUCAGUCGUCUCACUGCACUGGACUUUGUUCCUGAAGAGAAACGAAGAACAUCCAGACAAAACAAGUCGUGAUGAAGACGAUGCAGGAUUCGCUGUCUGCAUCGUGACCUAAGCUGCAGUUCACUUGAAGUUUGUUUUAAAAUGUUGAUGUAGCUUUUAUAAUUCUGAUGAAUUUCCUUCUUUAAUGUUUUGAUCUUAGAGAAUGCAAAUAAUUUCACAUUUUAAAGUGUUUUCAUUUAUUUUGUAUUGAGUUUUACAAUGGCUGAAACUAAAACUAGUGGGUCUGUGAAAGAUAAAAUAUUGUUCUGACUUGUGUUCUCUAACGGAAACUCCUAAACAAAGUCAUCAGAGUUGAAGAAAGUUCCAGUUUUGUGUAUUUCAUCUCUCCGUGCAGCUUCUUCUGUGCAGUUUACAGGUGAUGGACGAGACUGAGUUUCUGUCUUGGCCACCAGUUUUGUUUAUUUUUGUGGUUUUUGUGGUGUUUGUGGACUGGUUUAAUGUAAAACCUGUUUUUUAUACUU